GGAAUUCUGUGCAGCAUGUUUUCUGGGUGGAACUUCGUGGCCCAUGGGUUGUAUCUGUUCUUGAAUUUUUGCUCUAUUGAAGUUUCAGGUGGACUUGUACAGUCAUGUGGCCACAUCAUCCCGGAGUCUCCUGUGCUGGCCCUCGGGUCCAACUUCACAGCACUGUGCAUCCUCAACGAGAGUUGUCUGGACUUUGGCAAUAUAUAUGCCAAUCAAAUUAUCUGGAAAAUUAAAAAUAGACUGGUACCUAAAGAACAAUACCGUGAAAUAAACAGGACGGUCUCCAGUGUCACAUUUAAUGACACUUCUUCACUUGCUACUCCUCUGACGUGCAACAUUUUGGCAGAUGGACAGAUUGAGCAGAACAUCUAUGGAAUCACUGUUACAUUAGGCUUGCCUCCGGAGAAGCCCAGAAACUUAAGCUGCAUUGUUCAUCAGGUGUCAAAACUUACAUAUCCUAUGACUUGUACCUGGAACCCUGGAAGGCAUACAUUCCUAGACACUCAGUUUAGGUUGAAAUACAGGUGGCCACGAGAAGAUUUUCCGGACUGCAUACCAAAAGAUGCCAACAACUCUUGCACCAUCACUGAUGUUCAGUUCUUUGUUAACCUGGAGGUCUGGGUAGAAGCUGCAAAUGCUCUUGGCAAGGCAGAAUCUGAUCGUCUUGUUUUUGAUCCCAUUGAGAUAGUGAAACCCCUGUCUCCACAUAACCUGUCUGUCAAUUCAGGAAUAUUGCCUAGCGUUCUGAAACUUUCCUGGGAGAACYGAAUUUCAGCAGCUGUGAUGAAACUGAAAUUCAAUAUUCGCUAUARGAUUAUUGGUGAAACAGACUGGAUGCAGAUCCCUCCUGAAGAUACGGCCUCACCAAGAACUUCCUUCAGUGUUCAGAGUCUCAGGCCUUACACCGAAUAUGUCUUCUCAAUUCGGUGCAUGAAGGAAGAUGGAGUGGGCUAUUGGAGUGACUGGAGUGAAGAAAAGACUGGAAUGACAACCGAAGAUAAACCAUCGAAAGGGCCAGCCCUGUGGAGGAUCAUUGAUGCUUCUCGCUCACCGGCUUUCUGGACAGUGCACCUGGUGUGGAAGGCGCUGGAGCCCCCUGACACCAAUGGGGUCAUCCUGCGGUACGAGGUGGCUGUGCGAGCGCGGCCGCCGGGCGCCCGGCCCCCGGAGCAGCACAGCGUGAACAGCACCAGCCUCACCCUAAAGCUGCCCAACGGCACCUACGAGGUGACCGUGGUCGCCCGCAACAGAGCCGGCGCGUCCCCUCCGUCCGUUCUGCUCAUCCCUGCAAGGAAUUCCAAAGCUCCUGUGAAGAAUAUCAGGACGCUCCCUAAAGAYGGCAAGCUGUGGGUAGGGUGGACUGCGCCCAACACCUCCGUCCUCAGGUACAUAGUGGAGUGGUGCCUGGUGUCGAACAGCUCGGACUGUGUCAUCGAAUGGCAGAGUGAACCAGAGAAUGUUCAAGGAACAUACUUAAAAGGGGACAUCAAGCCRUUCAAGCGCUACCUGAUCACGGUGUACCCGCUGUACGCCGACGGCCAGGGAAGCGGGCGCUCCGUGACCGCCUACCUGCAGCAGGACCGUCCUUCAAAAGGACCAACUGUUCAGACAAAAAAAGUAGGAAAAGCUGAAGCUGUUUUGAUGUGGAACCAUCUUCCAGUGGAUGAGCAAAAUGGAUUUAUCAGAAGUUACACAAUACUCUAUAAAACUGUUGAUGGAAAUGAAACAGCUGUGUCAGUGGAUCCUUCCAAGACGGAAUACACCCUCUCUUCUCUGGCCAGCGACACGCUGUAUACUGUGCGGAUGAUGGCCUACACAGAUGAAGGAGGCAGGAGUGGUCCUGAUUUUACAUUUACUACACAAAAAUUUGGGAAAGGAGAAAUUGAAGCCAUAGUUGUACCCGUGUGCCUAGCAUUUCUGCUGAUCGUACUCCUUGGAGUUUUGUUUUGCUUUAACAAACGUGACUUAAUUAAAAAACAUAUCUGGCCUAAUGUUCCGGAUCCAUCCAAGAGUAAUAUUGCUCAGUGGUCACCUCAAGUUUCAGCUAAGCAUAACAUUAGUUCCAAAGAGCAGAUGUACCCAGAAGGCAGCUUUACAGAUGUCAGCGUUGUCGAAAUAGAAGCCGACGACAAGAAGUCCUUCUCAGAGCAGGAUCUGAAACCCUUUGACUUGCUUAAAAAGGAGAAGAGCACCUCGGAGGGGCACAGCAGUGGCAUCGGCGGCUCCUCCUGCAUGUCGUCCCCCAGGCAGAGCGUCUCGGACAGCGACGAAGGCGACGCCGCCCAGAACACCUCCAGCACGGUGCAGUAUUCGACCGUGGUGCUCAACGGCUACCGCGACCAGACGCCGGCCGUGCAGGUCUUCUCCAGGUCCGAGUCCACGCAGCCGCUGCUCGACUCCGAAGAGCGGGCGGAGGAGGCCGACGGCGGCACUCCCAGGCAGAUGUAUUUCAAACAAAGCCGCGGGCAGGACGAAGSCAGCACGGACAGGCUGCGCUCGGACAGAGCCCAGCAAGCUGCUCCUGCCGCCGAGGAGGAUCUUGUUGGCUUCGCGCAGCUGCAGCUCUCGGGUCAGAAYGUGCAGCUUUUGGCCCUGGGGCUGGAGAUAAACCCCGAAGAAGCUGCUCUGGCAGAGGUUCUGCAGGCAGGUACUGAGGCACCGUGCACUGCGAGACCUGAAACAGGAGAGGAAAAUGCAGCAGCAGUGGAGGAGAUGCCCAAAAGUUACCUCCCGCAGACUGUGAGACAAGGGGGCUACGUGCCUCAGUGAGGGAAGAGACUGGCUCCGUUAGGCCUUUACCAGUGCCUGUUCACACUUUCGCCUGUGUUCUUGAUAAAUUAAGCUAAAUAUUUUUUAUCUGAAUGCAGAUAAAAAUAUUGAAGAGUCAUUUGACAGAAUAKGCAAGGACUAUGUCUCUGUGGAAAAGUUACAGUCCAGCCCUACUGGAGACUUACUUCAUGCACUACAUAAAACCUUACUUGUCUGAAUAGCUGAGCAAGCCUUUGUGCUGCCUUGCUUUUCUGUGUCUUGCAUCAGAUCUACACAACUGAAAAGAAGCAAGUUUCAAUAAUCACAUCUGCCAACAGACCUCCUAGAAGAAAUACUUUAAGAUUUGCAGCAGUGAAAAAAAGACAGCUUUUAUUGUUUGGAGCAUCUUCAUGCCAAUCUAAGGCCUGAAGUUUAGUAUUCUCAUGCAGGAAAAAUGAACUAAAACAUGCAGUUUUCAGUAGCUUGAUGGACUUGGUGAAUUCUGGUUUGGCCCAAUGCCAUAAUUCCUAAAUUGUGCAAAAUACAUUCAUCCCACCUUUGAAAAGGGAAGAGAAAAUGUGGUAGUGUGCAAACAGAAAAAAAAAGCCAUAAUUGCUUGGCUCAGUGCUACUGUAGUUAUCAGUAUUCUGCCUCUGUAAAGAUAUAURUGCACAUGAACUAUAACUGGGCUUAGAAGUGUGCCUUGCAACUUGUCGCACACCAGUGCAGUCUUCAUUUUUGUUUUCAGCUGGAUUUCUAACUUUCAAACUUAGAUUUGUACCCAAAUCACUGUCUAAUUACACUGCACCUCUUUGGUCACGUAAAUGGAGACAAUUUAAUGCCAUCUGCAACUUGAGGCAAACAAUGAGCUGUAACUUUUUAAUAUUUUUUCUAACAAUGCUUACGAGAGGGAACGUGACUUCCUUCCUUCUCGACUGCAAAGAUUAUUAUGCCAUAACUUCACUGCUGACACCCAAAGACCACCUUGGAACUGGAACUAGCAAAAACCAAAGCAUUGAUCCUGGGCACAGGGAAGGUACCCGACACCCUCAACUUGAAGCGUGUGUCUUAUUUUUUCUCUCUUCCCUCCUGUUCAUGCAGUUUGCAUCUUUUUCAAGAUACAGUUCUUGAAGAUGGUCUAUAAAAGGGUUUAAGGAAACAGCUAGCUCUUAAAAAUAAAAACCAAAACCCUUUUGAUGAAGUUUUGUGGUACUCCUGUAGAUUAAGUUAACUUAGUCUUGUCAGCUUUCUAAUCUGACAUUAUAAAAAAAAUCCCAAUUAAGAACACUAUGUGCCUUGUUGUGAGAAUACAACAAGGACUUUAUUCCUCCUCAGCAGAGCUCUGUGUAUUUAAGACUUGCUGGAACAUUUUGUGCUGUGAGCUGCGGUGCUGCUGUUCUAAACACACUUGCUGGAAGGCCCAGGAAGGAUCUGGGCCACUGUCCUUUUUACUCCCCGUGUUCCUUUUAUGCCAGCCUGCAUUGAAGGACUGAUGUAAAWAUAAAUGUUCAUGUGGUUUCUGCUGUUACAAAGAAACUAGACAGUAGAGUAACUUUAUAAGAUUAUCCCUGGAAGUCGCUGCUAUUCAAAACAGAUAUAGAAAACAAUCUUUAAUAAUGUCAUUUUAUUCAGUAUUUUGUAAUUCCUUUCUCCAUCUAGCCYAUUCAUUAACAAGUUUAAUAGCUUUAGUAUCAGGGCACUUUUUUYCCUAAAAUGCUUAAUGUAACUACAUUGUCACAACAUUCCUGAGUAUGUUGGUCCCCUUUUCUCCUCCUUCCACCUUAGCAUAUUUCAACACUCCCCCAGCAGGUAGGAUAUAAUAUAAAUUACCUGGCCAGAAGUGCCCUGGAAAAAGUGCCUUUUCCUUUCUGAGAAGUCCAAGGAGCAACCUUACACCAAACACAGUCUGACACUAAUAGUAGUUAGUUUGCAGGGGACUGACUGUCUUCCCUGUAUAGGCUUCCUAAAGACUGUAAAACCCCACACAAUAARCCAUAAGCUUUAUUUGAGCCACCUGCCUGCUUC